AUGGAGGCCUUCAACGAGUCCUCCCCAUUCAACUUCUCCCUCCCGCACAACUUCGGCAAGCGGCCCACCGACCGGGCACUGAGCGUCAUUCUGGUGGUUAUGCUGUUGGCCAUAAUGCUCUCGCUGGGCUGCACCAUGGAGUUCAGCAAGAUCAAGGCGCACUUCUGGAGGCCCAAGGGGCUGGCCGUCGCCCUGGUGGCGCAGUUCGGCAUCAUGCCCCUCACCGCCUUUGGGCUGGGCAAGUUCUUCCAGCUGACCAACGUCGAGGCCCUGGCCAUCCUGAUCUGCGGCUGCUCGCCAGGGGGGAACCUCUCCAACAUCUUCACCCUGGCCAUAAAGGGGGACAUGAACCUGAGCAUCGUGAUGACGACCUGCUCCACAUUCUUUGCCCUGGGCAUGAUGCCCCUCCUCCUGUACCUUUACUCCAGGGGCAUCUAUGAUGGGUCCCUGAAGGACAAGGUGCCCUACGGCGGCAUCAUGAUAUCACUGAUCCUCAUCCUCAUCCCUUGCACCAUAGGCAUCAUCCUCAAAUCCAAACGACCACAAUACGUACGCUAUGUCACCAAGGGAGGGAUCAUCCUCCUGCUUUUGUGCAGUGUGGCUGUUGUAGUGCUCUCUGCCCUCAACGUGGGCAAGAGCAUCUUGUUUGUCAUGACACCACACUUGCUGGCCACCUCCUCCUUGAUGCCUUUCAUCGGCUUCCUGCUAGGCUACCUUCUCUCUGCACUUUUCUGCCUCAACGGACGUUGCAAACGCACUGUCAGCAUGGAGACUGGAUGCCAAAAUAUUCAACUCUGCUCCACCAUCCUCAACGUGACCUUCCCCCCUGAAGUCAUCGGACCACUUUUCUUCUUCCCUCUCCUGUACAUGAUUUUCCAGGUUGGAGAAGGGCUUCUCCUUGUCGCCAUCUUUAGGUGCUAUGAGAAAUUCAAGCCUUCCAGAGAUAACACAAAAAUGACCUACAAAGUUGAUGCAACUGAAGAAACCCUCUCAACAGCUCUGGGAAAUGGCACCUACAAAGGGGAGGAGUGUAAUGUUGGGUUUACUUCAGCCUUCCCCAAAGACUUGGAUUCUGGUCAGAAGGCAACUGAGCAACUCAACGUGGCAAAUUGA